UACACUAUGGGAGCAGGGGCUUCCGCAUCUCGGGCAGAAGAAGGCGAGUCUGAGACUGGAGGGGUAACGGACUACUAUGCAUUGCUAGAAGUCGAAGAAUCAGCCAGCGCGGACGAUAUCAGGCGAUCGUUCCGUCGAUUAGCUCUCAUUCACCACCCGGACAAGAACAAGGACGACAUAGAAGGGGCCACGAAACGCUUUGCUGCCAUCCAGCAGGCAUACGAGGUGUUAAGUGAUGAGCAGGAGAGAGCGUGGUACGAUUCGCAUAGGGCCUCGUUGGCGCCUGAGCCAGACGCGCAAACCGUCUUCGAGGACAUCAAAAAAGGUGCUGCCCCGCCUCGGGCGCGAGACAGAGGUCUUACGGUGAAGCACCUCGCACCUUUCUUCGACGCAAGUAUCUGGUCUGGAUACGGAGACGAUGAGAAUAGCUUCUUCACGAUAUACCGGAACCUCUUUGCACGACUCGCACAUGACGAGUCAUUCUACAACGAUACACCGCUACCGUCUUUCGGAUAUCCAACGUGGCCUUGGGUACCUGCAGCCAAAGGUGAAGAAAUGACGGCUGCCAGGACGUUCUACAACUUCUGGACCAAUUUCGCAACGGGAAAAGAAUUUGAAUGGAUGGAAGUAUGGGACCUUAGUACCGCUCCUGACCGGAGAGUAAGAAGGAUCAUGGAACGAGACAACAAGAAAGCUAGAGAAGACGCGCGGAGAGAAUACAAUGAAACCGUCAGGUCCUUGGCAUUGUUCAUCCGCAAACGCGAUCCUCGUUACAAGGCACAUCUUGCUCGUCAAGCCGAAGCCAACCAAGCGAAGGCAAGCGGGUCCUCCACGCCACGAAACGCGGAUGGAUCCAGAACGGCUUCAGAUCCUGCAAAGGCUUUCGUUGCCCAAUCGUGGCAAGACGUCGAACCUAGCUCCCAGGACGACGAUAUCGAUUGGGCGGUAGCGGAGAACGAAGAUGAGGAGCAGUGGGAAUGCGUCGCCUGCGGCAAGAGCUUCCGAAGUGAAGCUGCUUGGAAUAGCCACGAGAGGAGCAAGAAGCAUCUGAAGGAGGUAGAAAGGCUAAAGAGAGAAAUGGCAGAGGACGAUGAGGAGCUUGGUUUGACUGGAGACGCGGAUCUAUCAGAACCAGAGGAGCCUCCGUCGCGUCCGCCCAGCCGGGAUGCCAGUGAAGUUGAGCCGGAUAGUGCGUCUGACGACUCGGCUAGUACCCCUGCGGAAGGUGAUCCACAGGCCAACGACGUAAAGCUUGACCCCGUCACUAUUGACAAUGGAACCUUAUCUGCUGAAUCUGGGAUCGGGCUCGUUGACUCGCAGGACCCUGCCGCGAAGGUCGGACUCCAUCAACAAGAGAUCAAGCGCGACGACGCUAAAGAUCCAGGUCUCACGACCGAAUCGCCGACCACAUCAGGAGAUGCAGAACCGAAGCCCGAACUUUCCAAAAGGGAGAAAAGGCGCGCAAGGGAAGCGGCGAAGGCCCAAAAAUCGAAAGAGGGAUCCACGAAUACGCAAACAUGCAACGUGUGCAAAGAGAAAUUCGAGAGCAAGACCAAGCUGUUCAACCACAUUAGAGAUACUGGACAUGCACUAGCCAGUCCGGGGACAGGCAAACCAGCUGGUGCCAGCACAGGGAAGAAAGGAAAGAAAGGGAAACGAUAA